AUGGAGAAGGUUGCCACAAUAAUGGGCACAUUACAAACAUAUUAUCUGUCGAGUUUGUCAGAGAAUCAGAGUUGGUCACUAUUUAGGCAACGGGCAUUUGGCCGUCAAGAGGCUGAAGAAUAUCCUAACCUUGUAGUUAUCGGAAAAGAGAUUGUGAAAAAAUGUGGUGGUGUUCCUCUGGCUGCAAAGGCUCUUGGAGGCUUUCUACGAUUUAAAAGGCAAGAAAAUGAAUGGAACUCCGUCAAAUGCAGUGAAAUUUGGAACUUACCUCAAGAUACAACACAUAUCUUGCCCGCGUUAAGAUUGAGCUACCUUAAUCUUCCGGUAGAGUUGAGAGGUUGCUUUGCAUAUUGUGCAGCAUUUCCCAAGGGCUAUGAAUUUGAAAUAGAAGAGGUAAUACAUUUGUGGAUGGCAAAUGGAUUGCUUUCAUCUAAUGAAACAAUGGAAGUGGAAGAUGUUGGUGUUGCUGUGCUGACUGAACUAUAUUAUAGAUCACUAUUCCAAGCAGUAAAGGAAGAUGAAUUUGGCAAUGCCCUCACUUUUAAGAUGCAUGACCUUGUCCAUGAUUUGGCUCGAUCAGUAAUGGAGGCUAAACACGGUGGAACAGAGUCAAAUAGAACCAUGAUAUUAGGUAUGCCAGAUGAUCAGCUAACAGUGGCUUUUCCUAUUACAAUCACAGGCAUUGACCAGUGCUUUUCUUUCUUGUCAAAAUGUGGCUCCCUGAGGGCUCUCAUGGUAAAGUCAAUGGAGUCUACCCAAGAAGAGUUUACGAAGUUGUCACAUGCAAUAAGCAAACUGAAACAUUUAAGGCAUCUAGAUCUUUCAAGAUCUUUAAUUGUUGAACUACCCAAUUCAAUUUGUGACUUGUGGAAUUUGCAAAUUUUAAACCUAAAUGAUUCUCUCAUUCUUCUGAGUCUACCCAAGGGCAUGAGAUUCCUCAGAAAUCUUCGACAUCUUUGUCUACAUGGGUGUUGGAGUUUGACUCACAUGCCAAGUGGAAUUGGGAAGCUGACUUGCCUACGGACGUUGGGUAUGGUCGUCUUGAGUGGCAAAAAAGGCUUCCGACUAAGUGAGUUGCGAGACUUAAAUAUGCUUAGAGGAGGGCUAACAAUUAUGCACCUUGAGAGGAUUGAAGACAAAAAGGAUGCAGAAGAAGCUUGCUUAAUUAAAAAACAGAGUCUCCACGGGUUGAAUUUGUAUUGGGAUUCCGAAAGAACGAUUCAACGGUACAAUGAUAAGGAAGUGCUCGAAGCCCUCAAACCCCGGCCCAACCUUCAACUGCUACGUGUCCUAGGCUUCAACGGUUCAUCAUUUCCAUCUUGGAUUUCAACUGUAACAGAAGUUGUUGUGCACGAGAGUGCAGCGGAGUACAUAGUUGGGGUCCAAGAGAGUACUGCCGCUGCUGCUGCAAUGUCCCCAUCGUUGAAACAGCUGGAGUUAGAGAACAUGCCCAACCUAAAAGGAAUGUUAGGAAGAGAAGUCCAAGGUACUCCAGGGGUAUUCUCUCAACUUCAAUCCUUGUCCUUUAAGGAUUGCCCAAUGUUGACAUUGCCAUUGCCACGUAUGCUGUCCCUAAAGGAGUUAUGCGUCGACAGCUGCCCGAACAUGGCAUGGGCUUCAAUCUCCAAUCUCACGGCUUUGAAGGAAUUGACCAUCAAGCACUCUCCCGAGCUGGACUCUCUGCCAGAAGAAGGAUUGCGAGGCCUUGCUUCUUUGCAGGAACUCCAUUUGGUCCGAUGCUAUAAUUUGGUGAGUCUCUCAAUGGGGACUAAAGCCCUCAAAUCCCUGACUCGUCUAUGUAUCAAUGGGUCACACGCGACAGCUCUGCCAGAGGAAGUCAAACAUUUCCCUGCACUACAAAAACUGGAACUGGAGAAUUUUCGCAAUUUAACUUCAUUGCCAGACUGGUUUGGAGACCACCUCACUUCUCUUCAAGACCUGACACUAAAAUAUUGUCCGCUUGAAACACUUCCAUCCAGCAUUCAAAAGAUGACGACACUCCAACAUUUGACUAUAUUUCGCUGCUACCGACUGGGACGACAGUGUAAAAGGGGAGGAGAGGAAUGGCACAAAAUUAAGCACAUCCCGGACCUGAAAAUUGAAAAUUGA